AUGGCACCAAGAAAAAAAGCAGUCACUAAAAAAAAGACUGUUGAAAAAUCACCACCAAUUGAAGAGGAAAUAAUUGAAGAACCAGUUGAUGAAAUUGUUGAAUCAGAUGGUGAUGAUAAAAAAAAUAAAAAAAAAGGUAAAAGAAAAUCAUCAAAGAAAUCAAAAAAAGAAAAAGAGGAAAAUGUAGAAGAGGAAGAACAAGAUCAAGAAGAGGAAGAAGAGGGAAAUAAAAAACAAAAAGAAGAAAAUGAUGCAGAUAAAAAAAGUAGAAAACAUGAUGAACAUCGUAAAAAACGUGAUAGUAAAAAUCGUCGUUCACAUAGUAAAAGUGAUGAAAAUGAAGAGGGUGAAGAAGAUGAUGAAGAAAGAAGAAAGAAAAGAAGACGUAGAAAACAUAGAGAAAAAAGAAAAAAGAAUGGAAAUAAAGAGGAGGAGGAAGAAGAAGAACAAGAUGAUGAACAUGAAGAUCAAAAUGUUGAAGAAGAUGAAGAAGAUGUAAAUGUAGAAAAACAAAAACAACAACAACAACAAAGUGAUUUUGAUGAAGAAGAAAAAGAAGAAGAGAAAGAAGAGGAGGAGGAAGAGGAGCAAAUAGAAAUUAAAAAAAGAUCAAAAAAGAGAAAUAGUAUAGAUUCAGGUAGAAAAGAUAAAUCUAAAAAAAGAAAAUCAAAAAAGAAAAAGAGAGGGCAGAAUGAUGAUGAUGAUGAUGAUGAUGAUAAUGACGAUGAUGAUGAUGACCAAGAUGAGGAAAAAGAAUAUGAACAAGAUGAAGAUGUAAAUCAAGAAUCAAUUGUUAGUGAAAAAGAAGAAGAGGAGGAUGAAGAAAAACAAUCACAAGGCAGUGAAGAUGAGGAAAAACAAUCUGAAAAUGAAAGAAGAAAUGAUCAAGAUUAUACAGAUAGAGAGCGUGAAAGAAAUAGAUCACGUGAUAGAGACAGUAGGGAUUAUAGUAGUAGAAGUGAUCAUAGAGAUUAUAGAGAUAGAGAUAGAGAUAGAUCACGUGAUAGAGAUAGAGACUAUAGAGAUAGUAGAGAUUAUAGGGAUAGAGAUAGAGACUAUAGAGACAGAGAUAGAGAUCACUAUAGUAGUGGUGGUAGUAGUAGUAGUAGUAGAGAUCAUAGGGAUCAUAGAGAUAGAGAUUAUAGAGAUAGAGAUAGAGAUCAUAGGGAUAGAUCCCGUGAUAGGGAUAGAGAUCAUUAUAGUAGUAGUAGUGGUAGCAGUAGCAAUAGAAGGAGCAGAGAUAGGGAUAAUGAUAGUAAAAGAGAUGAAAAAAGCAGCAGUAGCAAUAACAGCAACAACAGCACCUCAACCACCAGCAAUAAUAACGCCUCAUCAAAUAAUGUAAAAAUUGUACAACCUCCAAAAGAAAAUUUCUUUUCAAAUUAUAGAGCCAUACAAUCAUCAAUUAUCCCAACUCAUAAUAAGAGUAAAUUUGGUGAAAGAAUUCUUAGUAUAGCUCCAACUGAACCACCUCCAAAUUUCCAAAUCCCCCUAUCAAAACCUUACAGAGAUGAUUCCUUACAACAAAAUAAUGAUAAUAAUAAUAACAGUAGCAAUAAUAAUAGUAAUAAUAGUAAUAAUAAUUUUAAUAAUGACAAUAACCCGUAUAAUAAUUCAAACAAUUAUAAUAUGAAUAACUCUAAUACCUCUCCAUAUAAUAACAGUAACAAUAGUAAUAGUAACAGUAGUUAUUAUAAUGAUAACGAUUAUAAUAACAACAACAACAACAAUAAUAAUAGUAAUAAUAAUAAUAAUAAUAAUAAUAAUAAUAAUAAUAAUAAUAAUAAUAAUAAUAAUAAUAAUAAUAAUAAUUUUAAUAAUAGUAAUAGUAACAGUAGUGAAUCGAAACCAAAUUAUUUUAAUAAUCUUAGUAAUGUAUUUAAUCAAAUUACAAAACCAUUAGAAAAUUAUAAAAAUAAUGGUAAAAAUGAAAACAAUAAUAAUAAUAAUAAUAAAAAUAAAAAUGAAGAUGAAAAGAGAAUAGAUUUAGUACAAACAAAAUUAUCUUUGAAAUCUUCAAAAUCCACACCACAGACAUAUAAUGAAAAAGAAUUUAAGGUUCAAAUUUCAAAUAUUGUUGUUAAAAAAUUAAAAAAAUAUUAUAAAACUAAAAUUACAACCAAAGAAGAUUUCCAAUAUCUUGGAAAGAAAUUUACAGAUUUCGUAAUAACAAAAGAACGUGGUAAUCAAACUAUUAAUAAAGACUCUGAAAAGAAAAUUGAAAAAGUAAUUGAUAACUAUUUUGAGAAAAAAGAAGUGUAUGAUAGAAAAAAAGAUAAAGAUUAUAAAAAAGAUGAUGGUGAUAAACUAAUUAAUUCUAGUAUUGAUAUUUCCAAUGAUUCAAACCUUAGUGAAUCUUCAAUUACAAUUACUUCAACUUCAACCUCAACCUCAACCUCAGCCUUAACCUCACCUAAAACAACAGGAACUACAACUUCAACUAUAACUACAGUAACUUCAACCUCAACAUCCUCUAUUGAAAAUACAAAAAUCUUGGUUGAUGACGAAAAAUUCAAAACAAAUAUCCAAAAUGAAACAUCAAAAGAAUCAAAUUCAAUCUAA